UGUAACAUCAAGCUGGCGGCGUUAGUAUCACGCAGAUAUCGAUAUCAUUUGCUUGCGAUUCUCGAAGUAGAAAACUUGAAAGUUUACGCGGUGAACCCGAGGAAACUUCCGCCAAAUUUGCGGUGUGCAAUUUGCGUUUGAUAUAUGUAAAAUCGUGAAGUUUUAGGAAAUAUUUGAUCAAGGAAUACGUGGAUAUAACAUGCAUAUGCAUGAGUACGUUUUGGUUAAAGUAACAAGUUCCAUAAUUCACAUCUAUCCACGAAUUUUUAUGCAAUUUGAUUGUAAUGUGGUAACACCAAAUAUUUUAUCAUACAUGACCUUUCUUGAGAAACCAGAAUGACAAAAACAUGUGCUUUUAAAUAAGAUGCAUAAAAACUUUUAUUAAUGCUUAUAGAAGGAGAGAGAGAGAGAGAGAGAGAUUUUUAAACUAAUUAAGUUUAUACAUAAUACUAAUUAACAAGACAUAAUGGCACACAAAAAGAAAACAGAACAAAAGAGUAACUAUGCAUUGAAAACAUCAAAAGGGCUUCGUGCAUGUACAGUUGUACUAUAUGACAUUGCUUUAGAAACAGAUUUAAUUCAACGCUAUCAAUUACAUUUACCCAUAAAGAAAGAGAAAUUGUUGCAAUCAGCAUCAACACCUAUUAACAAACAGUUAUUAAUAAAAAAAAAUGUACGGGCAAGAAAUUUAAAGACUGGAAGAUUUAUAAAAACUUGCUCAAAAGAAACAGUUACUAAAAAAAAGGAAAAGAAUUAUAAAAAGAUUAAAUCUCAGCAAAACAGAAAAGAUAUAAAUGAAGAUAUAUUAUUAAACCGUCAAUAUGAUGAAACAACUCUAACACAAUGGCAGCAGUUAACACGUGAUAGCAAUGUUAAAUCAUCUUCUAGUAAAAAUACUGAUGAAAUAUCUAGUACAUCCACAGAUACGCAUUUUAAUUAUAUGCAGAAAAUGACUAUAUUAGUGAAUAAGAAUAAUAAAGAUGUUAGAAAAGUAAGAGCAGAGAAAAAUAUUGAUUCAGAUUCUAAAAGGAAACUACAUUUGAAUAAGCUAGAUGUAACAUACGAUGCAGAUAUAAAAUCACCAAUGAUGGGUUCUAAUGAUACAAAUUGUUUGAAUAAGAAAAAUUUAACUGUUGUUGAUUAUAAUAGCAAUAUGGAAGAGAUAUCGAGCAAAUCUAUAACACACACGCAGUAUAACAAUAAUUUACAUCCAAUUAAUUUUUCUGAUGAGAUAAGUUGCAAAAUAAAACGAGAGCAGUCUGAGAAGAACCAAAACAGCAAAGAUAGUAUAGUACAAACUACAUGUAAUGGAGAAAAGUCAAUAAGAAAUAAGACAAAAAGGUCAAUAGCAAGACGAAAUCUACCAAGAAUAAUUGGGAAUCAUAUUUUACCAGAAGGAACAAAAUUUUUAAAAGAAGUAAAAGUUGAAAAAUUAAGAAUAAAUAACAACUUACAGAGCAAUAUUCCUAAGCGGAUUUCUCUAGAACAGGACAGAUGUAAUAAUAAUGAUAAAAAUACAGAUAAAACUUCUCGCAUUAAUGAUACAGCUCAAACUACAAAUAUUAUUCUCAGAGAAAAAGAAUGCCAUACAUCUCUUGAAAUAAACAGGUCACUUAAUACUUCAAAAAUAUCAACUCCGCUUAACAAUAAUGUUGAUUUAAAAGAUAAAAACUUGCCAAUUGAUGAACCAUAUAGUAAAGUUAUUAAUUGUAAAAAUUUAAAUUCUGUAACAAAAGUAAGAAAUAACUGUUAUGUUAAUGAUACUGACAGUGAAAUAAUAAUGAGACAUGAAAACUAUACUUUAAAUCACCAGGGACAAUUAAAUAAAUUUACUAAUAAUACAGAGGUAUGUGAGAAUAAUGCAUUACGAAGUGAUAGAGAAUGUGAAGAAAAAUGCACUAAAAACAUAUUAAAGAAUACUUCAGAUCUUAUGGAUAUAGAUGAUGAAAGAUGUAAUAUUAGUACACCAUUAAUAUCUGCAAACAAAGAAGGGACUAUAAAACAAACUCUAAAGCGUACUUUAAAAGAAAAAGAUAAAGAUUGUAAUCUGGAUAGUAAAAAAAUGAAAUUAAAUAGGAACAAUUGGUUACAAAAUAAUGUAAUAUUUACUAAAUCAAUUAAUUAUCAACAAUGUAAUGACUCUCCAAGUACUGUUACAACAGAUACAACAAUAGAGACAAAUAUAUCUAAAGAACAUAAUCAAAAAGAAAGGCCAGAUUUACGUAACUUUUUGAAGCAAAUAAGAUCAGAAAGAGAUUUUAAAUUAAAGCCUACAGUUGAGACAGAAAACGCGGAAGUUUGCAAAAAACUUUCUGCCAAGGAAGAAUCAACUUUAAAUGGAACUUUAUAUGAAAAGAAAAGUAAUGCCCAAGAGAAAAAUACAAAGGAAUAUACAAGUGUUGUAAGUGAUAAUGAAGAGGAUGAUUGUAUUUCUCUUUUUGCAGAAUCUUUUGCAGAAUUUGCAAGCCAGUGUGAAGAUCAAUCUUUGUGUGAGAAAGACAAAUCAUAUAAAUCUCUACAUUCUGAUAUACCGUAUCCAAUGACUGCUAGCAGUUUUGAUAAAUAUGUGAAACAAAAUAACAAAGAAUUUAAUAAAGAGUAUGCAGAAUGCAUAGAAAAUAAUAUUGAAGCUUCAAAGUCUAAUAAAGCAAAUGAAAUAUCCAAUAAUCAAUCAAACCAAGCUUUAAACAUAGAUUAUACAUCUACAACUGCAGAAUCAAAAUCACUACAAACUAGAAACAUUUAUCCAAUAAAAGAAAUUCUUCACAAUUUUAUCAAAUCAUAUUGUUUUUCAACAUUGAGGUUUGGUAAGAGUACUGGUUACUGGCAGCAUCAGUGUCAAUAUAAACAUGAUGUGGAAAAUGUAUUUCGUACAGUUAAUUUAGAAGAUUCCAAAACAAUCAUCGACAUAAUGCAAGAAGCAUUAAAACACAAUUUUAAUUAUUUUUGUGAAGAAGUAUAUAUAGCUUCAUUAAAAAAAUUAACUGUUGAUCAGAUUUUAAAAACAUAUAAAAUGCUUCAUGAAAGUUGGAACGUUUAUUUGAGAAAGGACUUUACAAUCUCGGCAAGGAAAAAUAUUGUUUGUAAUAUUAUUAAAGAAUUACUAAACAGAAAAAUAUCAUUAAAAAUAAUCGUCGACCGUAUGAUGACACUUAUUUUGCCUACUAGAAAUUUAAACGAACUUUACAACAUAUUAAAGUGUGUAGAUAAGUAUGUGAAAUCUGGUGAAUACUGGAACACUUUAAGAGAUUUAAUUUUAAAAUGGCGACCAUAUGUUUGUAAACAAAUUGUUGACAAAAUAUUAUAUGAAUGCAUAAAAAGUAAAGAUUUACAAAAUAUUGAAGAUGUUAACAAUAACUUGAUAAAUAAGCUUGACUCUACAUUAAUAUCAACCAUGGAUAAAUAUGCAAUAAAAUGUUUUAAAAAUAUUUUGGAUAAUAAAACUGCAAAAGAUUCUUACUCUGCAAUAUCAACUCAAAAUUUUGGAGAAAGUUUAGCAGGAACUAUUGCUUCUCCUGAUUCUCCUGAUCCAAGCCAAAGUAUGAGCUUUACACAACAGGAAUCUCCAAUAAGAGAUGAUAUUUCUCUCAGAGAAACUGAUGCAAAUCAAAAUGAGAAUCAUGUAACUCAAGAUGUAAAUUCAACAAAACCAUACGAAUAUGGUUUCAUGCAACCUAUCGAUGCAUCCUAUGCGCAAUCUACUUAUAGAGAUCACGAACGUUUCUGGAAAUUUUAUAUGGAUUUAGAACGAUUUGAAAAAGGGCUUAUAUAUGAAGAUUAUGAUUAUGUUAUUGAUAUCUUAAAAAGUUAUACAAAAAAACGGGAAAGUGAGUUAUUUGUCAGUAAGUGUUGUCUUAUACUUCAAAAAGUAAAACGUUCAGAAUAUCACUUUAAAAACAUCCUGAAGCUAACAGUCCAAAUGGAUAUCUUCAGCAUUCUAGCUAAAAUCUUGUUCGACAUAGGAUUAAACAUUUUGGCCAAUUUAGUAGAUGAGGAGGCUUGGGGGUUUGCACUCCAAUUGAUUCAAUCACUUAACAUAUAUGAUUUACCAUAUAAUGCAGAAUACUUUCUACUAUCGGCUGAAAUUUAUUUAGCUAACAAAAAGGCAGUAAAGGCAUGUGAUUUACUCAAAUAUCAGAAUAUAAUAUGUACGAGUCGUGAUAAGUGGUAUGUUAAAAGCACUAUUAAUGAUGAACACGUAAGAAAAAAAAUAAUGUGCAUUUUGUUGGAUUCAUUUUGUAAUGAAUUCCUUGAAUACGCUUUUUUUCUUUUCCAAUUUUUACUUAAAGAUCAAUCCAGUUAUUAUAAUCCAAUAGACUUAUCUUAUUAUGUGGACAAAUUAAUUAUAUUAUCUUUGUCAAAAAAGGAUACAACUUUAAUCACAGAAAUGGGCAACUUAAUACUUAAACAUAGUUUUGUAUUAAGUACAAUAACAUGUCGUGCACUAAUUUCUACGAUAAUUCACACAGAUGAAGUUUUAGCCAGACAGAUAUAUAAUUAUGCGGAAGGCAUAGGUAUCUAUUCAACAGUGAAGUUAUUGCCAAUAAUACACAUUAUUAUAAAUACCGACUUAACAGAAGAAGAAAUAUAUCUUAUAUUCCUGCAAUUGAUAAAAAACCUUGUAAUGAACUUUGGACAUGCGAUUGAGUUUGCUAAACCUCAAGAAAUCAAGGUAUACUUCAUUUUGGAGAUAAAAAUGAAUAAACAGUUUUAUUGUGCCGCACUACAGAGCCAUUAUAAUAAUCAGGCUAUUGUAAACACGAAGACAUUAAUUAAAAGUGUCUUGAAAAAACGCUUUGAUCCACCUAUAUUAUUAAUGAAGUCAAAUAUUAAAGGUAGAAUAGGUAAGCUACAGAGUAAAAGUCUUAUAAAUUACUUAAAAUCAGAACAUUGUAAUUAAAAUUAUACUUAUCCAUGAAUAAUAGUGCAAUAUAAAAUCAAGAAAAUAGAGAUCAAAUAGAGAUUAGAAAUUAAUCUCUAUUUCAAUGUUCAAUUGUUUUAUCAUAUCAUAUUGUUUUAUUCACAGACUUCUAUAUAUAUACUUUUGUAUAUAUAUACAAAUUGUAUAUAUAUA